GGAUUGCUCGAUCUGUUCUACCCCUGUUCCCACCCUCCCUCCCCUCCCUGUACUCUGUGCGCACCGAGGUCUCCAAGUACCACAUCAGCAGCGCUGAUGUUGGCGGAACAGGACACCGGGGCACUGCCACGACGCAGUGCCAGGCUCGCAGUUCGCAGCCACUCUGUGUUACCUCCACGACCGAAGUAUCAGCAACAACGACGCAGCAGGCGAACGACUCCAGCAACAUCCAGUACCAAUACAGCAACUGCAGUACCGGGCACCGCAGGGAUCCUUCCCGCCUGUCCGGUCCAAGGAGACCAUGAGACUUUGGCAGCUUAUCUUCAGCGGGUGCAGACAUUCACAGAUGCCGUAGCCACAGCAAAGGCACAGCAAGAGGCAGCAGAAGCAGAAUGUCAGCGGCUUGCCCAAGAAGCAGCAGCCCAAGCUCAGCGGACUGCUGAGGCUGACGCAAUGGCUCGCGACAAGCGGAACGCCGCCAGCACUGAGGCUCUGAUUCAGAACGAGAGUCAGUGGACAGCACUACUCCAAGGCAUGAUCUUUGUGCCUACGGACGAGCAGGCAGAUCCGACACCGGCGGAGGCAGAAAGGAGUAACCUGGCUAACUUAAUGCUGAGUAUGAUGAGGGCAGUGAUGUGGAACAACACGAUGCAGAUUGUGAACACGCACACGGGACGGCAGCUGAGACGGACCCAGCAGGGAGAAUCUGCAACUUGGACAGCCGCCAUCCGCGCCGCAACACAACAUCAGCAGCAGCAGCUGUUGGCAUCCACCAUCACACGUGUCAACAACAUCGAGGCUAAGUCCUCAGCAGCGCCAGGCUGCACGACAGACACGGCGAAGCAGCUCGGGGAGCGCAUCGACCAUGUCGUCAAGAUUACCGGCGAACUAGGUGACUCUACCAGUCCGGCCACGAUCAGCAGCACGGUGGCCGCCAUCAAGACGGACAUCACCAAACUGCAGUCACGACCGGAAGCCGCUGCGAAGGUAUACAAGAUGCCACACUUCAACAUCAGCAAGUUUGACGACUACAACAAGACGGACGCCUUGGCAUGGUGGCAAACCUUCCUCACCGAAGCAGCCUGCCACCACGUGCCGGCCGAGGAUAUGAUGAAAGCACUCUACCUCCAACUCAUUGGAGGAGCACAGGCAUGGAUGAACCACACCGCGGCCAAUCUGGGGUGCACCAUCGCCCAACGGCACAUGCACAUUACGUGGGAGCAGUUCGAGCAAAUGUGGAACACUCGAUUCAUGGUCCGCAACGUUGUAAAGGUGGCCAUGAACGAGGUCUACUCCAGCUCGCAAGGGAACACGCCAACUCGACAUUGGACGAUCAAGUGGCAGAAGAUAGUAACCACUCCGGGCUUCGACUUGAGUUUCCCAAACCAACGAUCCAAAUUCUUUUCGCGAUCGUGCGCAGGACUGCGGUCGGCACUCGGCAACGAGUACGGCUAUGCCUCAUUCCAGGCCAUUCUGGAUCGUGCGAACCUGGUCAUCCAAACGGAUGACAAGGCCGCCAAUGAACGGCAGUCCCAGCAGCAAUAUGUGGCUAAGCAAGGCUACCAACGGUCGGCGCAUAACAAUGCAGUGAUUCCUGACGAAUCAGUAGAUCUCCACGCUGCAGCGGCAUCCUCGAGUGAUGGAGGAAUUGUCGCAGCGCUCCCACCGAAGCGUCCCAAGAGAGUUCGGAAGAACAAGGCAACACAAGCGACGACAUCGACAGAAAUUGGGCAGCAACCAUGGACGGCAUACAACAUUACCAAGAAAGUAUUUGACCUUCAUCAAUGGUACGGAUAUUGCCUUUGGUGCAUACCAACUCCAUUGACGGACGGUGGAGUAGCGGUUGUCGAUCUCCGCUCCUGUCUUGCGAAGAUUGACCGCGAGUACGCAACCCAAAGGUACAUUGAGACCGACGCUCCUUUGCUCUAUAUCCGCAUUCAAAUUGAAAAGGCCACCUGCAGUGCCUUGAUUGAUUGCAGAGCGUCUCGCAACUUUAUGAGCCAAGCCUUCAUGGCACACGCAGGCCUCGGCCCCCGCGUUCGAAGGAAGACGCAACCUACGCAAGUCACACUGGCGGACGGACGCACGCAAAAGUCAAUUGACCGAUGCGUUGGCGGCGUUCCGGUCUACUUUGCGCCACUUGCGUGCGAGCCGGUGUCUUUUGACAUCCUCGACACCAAGUUCGACAUGAUUCUAGGCAUGUCUUGGUUGCGUAGCGCCGACCAUCCGGUAAACUUUCAUGACCGAACCGUUCACGUCCGUGAUCGGAACGGAGUGUUAGUCCCGUGCACGGUCGCGACCCCUCACACUUCGAUUGCUUGUCACGUGGUUUCCGUCACGAGGACUCGCGACGCCAUAGCUCGGAAUGACGUAGAGGAGAUGGGCAUUGUUUUCCUACAUGCCCUCCCCUUGACGGACGGACCAGCCGCGUCGUCGCAGGACCCACGUAUUACUCACCUCUUAGAUGGAUAUGGAUACGUCUUCGAGGCUCCCACCGGAACGGUUCCGAAUCGGCCCAUACGUUACGGGAUUACUCUCGAGGCGGGUGUCGUCCGUCCGCGUGGAUGCAUUUACCGCAUGAGCGAAGAAGAACUUGAGGUGCUUCGCGCACAACUCGAUGACCUUCUCGACAAAGGCUGGAUUCGCCCUAGUUGUUUGCCAUACGGUGCACAGGUUCUCUUCGUCCGGAAGAAGAACAAGGAUCUACGGUUGUGGAUCGAUUAUAGAAAACUUACCGCACAAACCGUAAAGAACGCCUGCCCUCUCCCUCGGAUUGAUGAUCUCCUGGAGCGAUUGGGCGGCGUGACGUACUUCUCGAAGUUGGACUUGAAGUCGAGUUACCACCAGAUCGAGAUCCAGCCUCAAGACCGGUACAAGACCGCCUUCAAAACGCGGUAUGGGCAUUUUGAGUGGGUCGUGAUGCCAUUUGGACUCACCAAUGCCCCGGCAACCUUCCAAGCAGCCAUGACAACGGAGUUCCGAGACUUGCUCGAUCAUACCAUCCUCAUCUACCUCGAUGAUAUCUUGGUCUAUAGUAGGACGCUUGACGAGCACCUCGUACACCUUCGUGCGGUGUUGGAUCGUUUGCGAGCAGCCAAGUACAAAGCAAACCGCGACAAGUGUGAAUUCGCCAAACAAGAGUUCGAGUACUUAGGCCAUUAUGUGACGCUGAAAGGCAUUCGUCCCUUAGCGGACAAAAUCCAAACCAUCGUGGAUUGGUCGGAACCCCGUUGCGCGGACAUACGCUCUUUCAUGGGUUUGGCUGGAAACUAUCAGCGCUUCGUCGAGUCUUACUCCAAAGUGGCAGCUCCUUUGUCGAGACUUCAGUCCCCGAAGGUACCAUUCGAGUUCGACGACGCAGCCCGUGGCGCGUUCAAUACGUUGAAGGCGGUGAUGCAAGAUGCACCGGCCCUCCGUAUCUAUGACCCCACCCUACCCACCCAAGUGACUACGGACGCUUUCGGAUACGGUAUUGGUGCGGUGUUAGAACAAUGCCACCCGGACGGUUGACACCCGGUCGAGUACUUCUCCCAAAAGGUGCCUCUCAUCAACACUCUCGACGACGCUAGGAAGAAAGAGCUACUCGCGUUCGUCACCGUUCU